AUAUACACCAAAUAUAAAUAUGUGUUACCCAUCUAGACAUUCCAACAGUUCUCUAAUACCGAAAAUAGCACAGAGAAAAUCAAUCCAAGAAAAGGUAUGGGGAAGGAGAUGAGCAUUGAAGCAGCCGAGCAAGAAAUGAUGAAUAGCAGUAGCAAUAUAACAUCACCUGUAUUACCUGUGCUGUCAUUGAACCACGUCUCCUUUGUCUGCAAAUCAGUCGAGAAAUCUGCUCAGUUCUAUCAACAAGUCCUGGGAUUUGUCCUUAUCAAAAGACCCUCCUCCUUCAAAUUCGAAGGGGCCUGGCUGUUCAACCACGGGAUAGGGAUCCACUUACUGCAAGCAGAGAAAGCCAACAAACAGAAGGGGGAUAUCAAUCCACGAGACAAUCACAUAUCUUUCCAAUGUUCAGACAUGAAUCUCAUAAUUCAUCAGCUGGAAGAGCUGAGGAUAGAGUAUGUGAAAGCUGUGGUAAAGGAAGGCGGGAUAAUAGUUGACCAGAUAUUCUUCCAUGAUCCAGAUGGAUACAUGAUUGAAAUAUGCAACUGCCAGAAUCUACCAGUUCUUCCACUCUCGGCCUGUCCCAUGAAGAAGGUGCAAAUUACAAAUUCCUCUUUACACGUAGCCAGUAGCAUGAAUUUGGCAAUGGAGAAGUAGAAGCUUUCAUGAUGGAGAAUCGGGCAAAGGACAUAGUGAGUAACUCUAUGUAAGAGGCCACACAAAUAUCAUUUCUUUCAUAAGUGUAUGCUACAGUGUUGUUUUGAGUUGAGGAAAUGAAAAGUUAUCAA